GACAAAGCCUUAAUUUUGAAGUUGUCUCAGGUUUAAGUUGGAUUUGGUCGAAAUGAUCUCCAAAGCUUCCUGCCAGCUUGCCUCAUUCUGUGUCAGAAACAGCAUGACACUUGCUUUGCCUCUGUAGGUCAGCUUAAAAUAACACUUCUGGUUAGAGUUUGAACUGCUGUUUCUGCUCGUGUACAGUCAUGAAUGCAUCAGCGUAUAGUGAAGUCUGACAUAAACUGUCUUUUAGAGGAAUCCUGUCCCUGUAGGUGUGUGUGAGAUCACACUUUUCUCUUCUUUGAUGCUGUGAUUUUCAGUAUGUAAAAGGCAGAUCCAUUUGUAAAUUCAGCUUGCAAUCUGAUGGACUGGUCAGAUAUCCAAACAUAAGGAAGGAAAUUGUUGGGAGCCUAUUUUCAAACUUCCAUUUCUUUUUUCGGUCAAAACCUGCACUCUGUGAUAAAGCAACAGAAGAAACCAAUCCAUUCACCCAGAAACUGAUAACCAGCCCAGAGAGUGAGCUACAGCUUAAUUAUGCCAAGCACCAUCGCACUAAGAGUUCAAUACUCCUGCACAAGGAGCUGGAUUCCAGGAGUAAAAAGGCCGUGAGGGACUACCUGUAUCGUGUAAACGAGGCAACUGCUGUUCUUUAUGCCAGGCACGUUCUGGUAUCGUUUCGAGCUGGCUGGCCAGAUGAUGUGGCAAUAAAUGAGGAAAUCCUAGCUCUUAGCGGUCCAGCCCAUAUGACGUACAUACUGGACGUGCUUAUGCAGCUAGAGGAAAAGCAGUUAUGGGAAAAGAUUCUACAGAAGGUACUGCAUGGGUGCAGUGAGAGCAUGCCAUGGACAAUGGCACUGACAGCUUGCCAGCUCAUGGAAGAACCCGGAAUGGCAGUGCAGAUGCGUGAAUCUAAACAUCCUUCUAACAGCAAUACCAAUUUUGAGGAUAAAGUUCACAUUGCUGGUGCUAUCUACCUCUCCAUCAAAUUUGACUCUCAGUGUAAUACAGAAGAGGGCUGUGAUGAGUUGCUCAUGUCCAGCAGCAGUGAUUUCCAGCAGGAUUGACUCAGCUUCUGUGCUUCUCCAUAGAAGUGGAAUGAUUUUGAACUUCCAGGUGAAUAUGCUGCGUUUCAAAGUGCAGAUGCGUAGGCUAUUGAUGGUGUUUUGGACUCUCGAGAGAAGAGUCUACUUAUAUGUAGAUGUUCCCGAGAUGGGUGGGAAGAAAAGACAAUCCUUUUCUUGUCCCAGCCUGUUUGCUCUGACGUGCUGCUCUUGCAUUUGUUUCUUGAAAGUAGGUUUAUCUGCUGUUCUGCUGCUUGAGCUUUUUUUUUCCACCCUUUGGUCAAAGCAUGCACUCAGUGACUGGAAACAAAUUUUGAUCUUGAUUCUGUUCCAACACAGUCCUUGUUCUGCCCAACAUUCACUGACAUUGUUCCUGCUUUGUCUUACUUUCCACAGGAAGCGCAUUUGAAAAAGCCCAGAAGAUAGGCUUAUCUCUUCUCUCUGCUACACACGUGCUCAGGUAAGGAGUGUGUGCCCGUGCCUUUAUUCCAGUUGUUGCCACAGAGUGCAACUGAAAAAAAAUCACUCAGUUGACUGACAGCUUCAGUCUCUGUUCUCUCCUAAGCCUGUUUUUGAUAACACCGUAACAAAUGCUGGUGAAGCAUUUGAAGGAUGAGCAAAUCUUUGAGUUGUUUUAACCCACUGAGCACCAUGACAUUGCAGGAAGCUUUUGACUUCAAGUGCUGUCAGUAGCUGGAAAUAGGUGUAGGAGCUCUCUUAGCAGAGCAGUUUGGGUGACAAAGUGCAAGUUAUUAACAAACGAGUACACUGUAGAAAUACUGUGGAUUUUUAUGACCUUCUUCUGUCCUUUUCCUUCUGUAUAGUUGCA